CCUUUGAACUGACACACCUCCCCGAACACUCCCCUUGCCGACAGAGUGCAUCGUGUACAUACUGCACAGUGAGAAGAAAUUGUAGAACGAGUGAGCGUUUCCAACAUGUCGUCCAACAUGUUUCUGUACUGGGGUUCUGGGAGCAUUCCUUGUUGGAAGGCCAUGAUAGCGCUGGAAGAAAAGGGACUGGCGGGCUACCCGAAUAAGAAGAUUUCCUUCGGCGACAAGGAACACAAAUCGGAGGAAAUCUUGAAACUCAACCCUCGCGGACAGGUACCGACCUUCAAAGAUGGGGACGUUGUUGUGAACGAGUCUAAUGCCAUCUGCUUCUAUCUUGAGAGAAAAUUUCCAGGCCAAGGUACAAAGCUGGUACCAACCGACAUCUCUGAGUAUGCCCGAAUCUUGCAGAGAGUUACCGAGGUGGAAAAUUUGACCAGUUGCAUCAUCAAAAACCUCGCUCAAUAUAGAUUCAGGACCCCUAAAGACAAACUUGAUGAGGAGCUGUUGAAGACGAAGUACGAGGAUGUUCGGACUGAGUUGAAGAGAUGGGAGGACUACCUCGCGGCUAGCGGAGGGUACGUGGUCGGCAGCAACUUCACAAUGGCGGAUGUCUUCUUCUUCCCGUAUGUCGCCUUCGGGGUGAGACUCGGCCUUGACGUCUCGAAAUAUCCCGCCAUUGGUGCCUACUACGACAAGGUCAAGGACAGGCCAUCCGUGAAAGCAACAUGGCCGCCACACUGGGCUGACGGACCCGGCGACUCUUCCAUCAUGGGACCCGUGUGAGGAGUUUUGGUCCAGAAUGACGACAGAGGUGGCUGCUUUCCAGCAUGUUAUGCAACGCCAUCUUCAGCAUUAGUUAUGCUUCAGUAACAAUCAUAUUAUCUGUAUAUCGCAGUUGAUGGUUUACGUGAUGUACCUAUGUUUUGCGUUUGUACUUAAUAUUGCUUUAAACACUAAUCUAAAACUAGUGAAACAUACGACGGGUGGGGCAGUGGACCAAAGCGCAGAACUGCACAUAGUUACCUCCCCUAGUAGUGACUUCACAACCAAAAUUCGUCACGAUUAUAAUCCUUGGACCGUCAGUACUAAAGCCUUGCUCUUGGUAACUUCUACUACAACGCAUUCAACCAACACGCCGCAAUAAAUACUGGGGGCACGGGUUGCCCAGUCGUCUAAGGCGCCGCGUUAAGCUGUGCAGAGUUGCGUCCCUUGGGCACGCCAGAAACCUAUGUUUGUGGGUUCGAAUCCCGGUUCGCCCCGAUUAUGUUUCUAGGUUUGUCAGGACCAUACCCUUGCUCGCGAGUUUCACCGAAGUGGUUAACGUCUGAGACCUCUAUCACUUCGGGCUUUCCUCCCACAUUAAGCCGCGAUAUAACUGGAAUACUGUUAAAAGCGGCGUUAAACCCAACUCACUCACUCACUCAAUAAAUACUAUUCGAAGCUACUUAAAAACUAUUCGAUGUGACUUAAAUACUGUUCCAAGCGACUUAAAUACUCUUCGAAGCGGCGUUAUAUGUUCAUGAAAACCACACCAAAGACGACAUCCACGGCAGCAACGCAAAUUUUUAUCAAAAACAUUUAUGAGACUAUGAUUAUAAUACCCACUAUUUUCAUUAUACUUACAUGUAUUUCAGAUGUUUUGACAGAAUGGUAGUGUCUAUUUUUUUAUGUUCAAUGAAUAGAGGGAAACGAUGUUGUUUAAAAGACCGAGUUUGGGAAACGUUACGAUUGUGCUGUGAGUUCUUGCGCUUUCAUUGUUGUUUUAAUAAAAUAAUAAAUUC